AUGGCCAUCGUAUCCUUGGCUGCACCCCGCUCACGGAGUUCAGUUCAAGACGUGGUUCGCGCGUCCGUAUCGUCAACGAUGCUGCUCUUGCUGGAGGUUGUGCUUGCCGAGUGGUUUGUAGCACUCAAUGCAGAGCAGAUGGAUGUCCGCGUUUAUAAGAAAAUCGGCGGAGAUGUGCCCCUCCGCCUGGCUCGACAUGAGGUCAUCGCCGCCGAUGAAUGCUACACAAGCUCGACGAUGCCCGGGAUGGACCGCACCGUUCACAAAGGGUUCGUCCCGGAGGACGGGUUCAACAGCACAGAGCAUGCCUCAAAACGCGAUGCUUUGAUGGCCAGGCCCACGAGGAACAGCUGCGACGCUGCGGCUUCAUCCCAUCUAUCGAGAACGCUUGUGCAUGGCCCGAAAGGCAGGCUAGCGCAGUCGAAGGCGCGUGCGCCGGCCGCGCGCGAAGGGCAGCGGGACACCUCCGUCGCGCUCACCGGCUCUUCCUUCCCGCCCUCCGACAAGUCGUAUGUACAGGUCAUCUUGAUGUGCAGCCUGUGGCUCACGACGAAGAGGGGGCUCAUUUCCGCCUCGCGAAGGCAGCGCAUACCGGUCUUGGAGCUCCGACAGGCCAUCAUUGACGCAGCACUAGCGUACGAGAUCACUUGCGCACCAAACGAUGACAAUAGUGAUGUCUUCCAUGGAGCUUCCGCGGUGCAACCGAACGCGAACAUAGACGACUUGUCUGUAGAGGAGCUCCGCGCGAGGCUCACACAAACGGGAGUGAAGGAAGAUUACCAAAAACUUGUCUUGAUCCUGCUCCGGAACACCUGUGCUCUCUACAAACUCUCCCAGGAGGGUUGUCACCAGCCAUCCUGA